GUACUUCAUAAUAACGUAACAUGUCCAAGCGUUUAGACAUUCCUCGAUAAGUAGCAGUGAAAGAAAGACAUUAGAGCGAUCAAUUGCUACUAGCAUUUAGUGCACUUGUGAAGCGGCACUAAGUUUGUGCCCCCGGAAGUUGUUUAAAAGCGAUUAUAGUUAAUUGUAACUAGUGUUCAUCAGAAAAUUUUCAUAUAUCUUUCAUGGCUUGUGCGUGAUUUGUUAGUGGUGAUAUAUUUUUUAAACCUUAUUAAAGCGAAAUGGUUGUGAAUCCAGGAAAUUUGUCUGUCGAUAAUACAAAAAGCAGUGAAAGCCUCGAUGAUUACUAUAAAGAAUCAUUUCCGGAUGUGUGUAAUAUAAUUAAGCGAUCAUCGAGAGCGACAUGUACGUAUUCUACACUGUUGAAACGGGUACCUAUAGUAAACUGGCUGCCAAAGUAUAAGUGGAAAUUUCUGCUCCAGGACUUCAUAGCAGGAUUGACUGUGGGCUUGACUGCUAUUCCACAAGGUAUUGCUUAUGCAGUAGUGGCAGGACUCGGACCUCAGUAUGGCUUGUAUUCAGCUUUUAUGGGCUGUUUCGUUUACAUUAUCUUCGGAUCAUGUAAGGACAUUACAGUGGGACCGACAGCGAUAAUGUCUCUUAUGGUACAGAAAUACGUUUCAGACAGUCCGGAUUUUGCAGUAUUAUCGUGCUUUUUAACAGGGUGCAUAGUUCUUGCUUUUGGACUAUUGCAUCUGGGAUUUCUCGUUCAAUUCAUAUCGGCGCCAGUGACAAAUGGCUUUACAACAGCAGCUGCAAUAACUAUAGCCAGUGGACAAGUAAAUUCUCUCUUAGGAAUACCAAGUAAAUCAAAUGAAUUUCUGGAAUCGUGGGAGAAUUUUUUCGAUCAUAUCGAGGAAACACGUCCUUGGGAUGCUACUUUGGGAGUGCUGACAUUAAUUUGUCUCUUAUUAUUACGGAAAUGCAACAAAUUCACCGGCAAAUGGAAACUCUUUGGCAAAUACCUAUCACUUUCCCGCAAUGCAUUAGCUGUGAUAAUUGGAGUUCUAAUGGCAUACAUAUUCUCCUUAUACGACUUGACGCCUUUCCGUCUAACAGGUGACCUGAGAGCAGGACUACCACCGGUCGCGCCACCUCCAUUUUCAACCGUUGUCAACAAUGGAACAACACACCUCGACUUCAUUGAUAUGGUGAGCUCACUUAGUUCAUCAAUUAUUGCCAUCCCACUUGUCGUAAUUCUCGAGAGUAUCGCCAUUGCUAAGGCAUUCUCAAAAGGAAAAACAAUUGACGCGUCUCAGGAAAUGAUAGCACUGGGACUCUGCAACAUUGGCUCGUCAUUCUUUUCAUCGAUGCCAAUUACAGGUUCGUUCACAAGAACGGCUGUUAAUAACGCAAGUGGAGUUGUAACUCCAUUGGGUGGACUGUUUACCGGUGUAUUGGUACUUCUUGGCUUAGGCUUGCUCACUGAGACGUUUUACUAUAUUCCGAAGACAGUAUUAUCAGCGAUCAUAAUCUCGGCAAUGAUAUUCAUGAUCCAUUAUGAAAAAAUCAUCGAAAUUUGGAAGUCCAAAAGAAUUGAUAUAAUUCCAUUCAUUGUGACAGUCAUCACAUGUUUGUUUCUGGGUUUAGAAUUAGGCAUUGUUUGCGGAAUUGUACUGAGCCUGGCAUUCGUUCUAUUUGAGACAUCGCGACCAAAGAUUUAUAUUCUAAAUGAAACGUUUGAUAUCUACGACAUGCUCAUCGUGAAACCAUCUCAAAAUUUAAUUUUCUCGUCAGCCGAAUACAUGAAAGAUCGUAUAAUUGAGAAUGUCAUGAAAAUGGAAGGCAAAUUAAAGUUUGUUAUCGUCGAUGGAGAAAUGAUUAGAGCGAUCGAUUCAACGGUAGCUCUGAAUCUUCGAUCAUUAUGCGACGAUUUGAAACUCUUGGACUGUGAAAUUGUGUUUUGGAAUUGGAAGCGGCAGUCAGCCGGCGUAGCAUAUCGAUUAUCCAAAAGUUUUGGGAGUUUGUUUCAAACAGGAAAUGACUAUCAUGAGAUUAUCAAAAAACAUAACCAUAAGGGCAGUAUAACAUCGGAUAUAACAGUGAUAUCUUGAUACUGCCGGAGCGUGCUUGCCAGUGUAAUUUAGGUUUUAUUUUUACUUUAAUGAUAUAACUAAGUUUACAGAUAAUUCAUAUUUAUAUGACGGACGUUGAUUAAACGAAAACAAGAUGAAUUUCUUCGCAAUUACUUUUUUAUUGUUUUAGGUUUCAUUUCAUACAGAAGCACGUUUAUUUCUUAUCAAAAGAAAACAUUUAGUUAAAACGCACUGCUUGGAGUUUUUUGAAAUAAUAAAAACUUGUUGUUUCUUUUU